CUUUUCUCUCAGCUUGACGUUCCCUUCUACAAGAGAACACCAAGCUAACUCAACUGCUCCCUCUCUCUCUCUCUUCCCCUCACUUUUUCCUUUUCUUUUUUUCUCAUUUUUAAUAUAAUUACUACUAUUCAAUCCAUUAUGCAGACUCUCACUCCUCCUUCCCACCAUCUCAACAACCCACUUUCCCUUCCCCGGACCCGUCAAUUCUCCCGGGUCAGUUGUAUUUACAGAUCCGAUUCCGUUAACUUCCCUAACGCCGUCGGUUUAAGCCGUGCUGACUGGCAAAGCUCCUGUGCUAUUCUCUCCAGUAAAGUUGUUUCUCAAGAGGGACCCAUCGGCAAAUCUGCCGAUCAUGUCGCUGCUGUCAACGGCCACAAGACUUCCGUUGACCUCAACUUGGUCCCUAUCAAUCAUAACAACAGCCAACCUCCUCAACAACUGCCGCCUCAAAAGCCUCUCACUAUCACCGACCUCUCUCCGGCGCCGAUGCACGGUUCUCAGCUUAGAGUCGCCUACCAAGGCGUCCCAGGCGCAUACUCCGAAGCCGCCGCUGGUAAAGCUUAUCCUAACUGUGAAGCCAUUCCUUGUGACCAGUUCGAAGUCGCGUUUCAAGCCGUCGAGCUUUGGAUCGCCGACCGAGCCGUUUUACCUGUCGAAAACUCCUUAGGCGGAUCUAUCCACCGUAACUACGACCUCCUUCUCCGCCACCGGUUGCAUAUUGUCGGCGAAGUCCAGCUUCCGGUUCAUCAUUGUCUCUUGGCUUUACCUGGUGUGAGAAAGGAGUAUCUCACGCGAGUCAUCUCUCAUCCUCAAGCACUCGCUCAGUGUGAGCACACUCUCACCAAACUCGGACUCAAUGUCGCACGCGAGGCCGUGGACGAUACUGCCGGCGCGGCCGAAUACAUAGCGGCCAACAAUCUCCGCGACACCGCUGCAAUUGCCUCCGCACGCGCCGCGGAUCUGUACGGAUUACAAGUUCUUGCCGACGGCAUUCAAGAUGAUUCGAGUAACGUAACGAGGUUCGUGAUGUUGGCACGUGAGCCAAUCAUUCCACGUACUGAUCGGCCAUUCAAGACAAGCAUCGUGUUCGCGCAUGAUAAGGGAACAAGCGUAUUAUUCAAGGUGUUGUCGGCGUUCGCUUUCAGGAACAUAAGUUUGACGAAGAUUGAAUCAAGGCCGCACAGGAACCAUCCGAUCAGGUUGGUGGAUGACGCGAAUGUAGGAACGGCGAAGCAUUUCGAGUACAUGUUUUAUGUCGAUUUUGAGGCGUCGAUGGCUGAGGUUAGAGCACAGAACGCGUUGGCUGAGGUUCAGGAGUUCACGUCGUUCUUGAGGGUGUUGGGGAGUUAUCCAAUGGACAUGACCCCAUGGUGCCCAUCUAGGGGCGAUUAAUAAUUAAGGCCGCCCUCAGAAACGAAAUGUUUAAAGAUGUUAUUAUUUGCACAAAGAAAGGAAAAUUAAAUUUCAAUUUUUCCUUCUUUUUUUAUUUAUUUAAUUUUUUUUUUUAAUUUUGAUUGAUAAUGGGAAUUUCUUGCUGGGUAAAUAUAAUUUUUAUGUGUAGUUAAUGGGAAUCCAGUUGUUACGUGUAAGAAUGUUAUACACAUUUCACACUCAACUGUUGUAUGUUAUAUGCUUCAGAAACCUUCAAGAAAGGAAGAAGAAAGAUGAGAUUAUUAGCUUAUUGUAA